AGUCAUGCACUGGUUAGUGUUGUCGUUUUAUUUGUGAAAUAGGAAAACGAAUUGUCGUUUUGGUAAUAAUGGAUACUACUCCACUACUACUUAUACGCGGAAGACGUGCUUAUUAGCGCCAUUUUACUUGCUAUGGCAAAAACUUCUGACUCUCUGAGUGAAAAAUUCACAAGAACAAAAAAACCAAGCAAAAGAUUAGAGCGAUUUACAAGAACAAAAAUGGACUCGAAGGAUUUCCGCAAAAAAAGGGUGUCUGGAUGUUUUCCUGAGCAUGGUGCCAUCUUCAUGUCAAAUAGAAAUACUUUGCAAGAAUGUUUUGGGAGGAGUUUGUUUGGGCUACCGGAUAGUUUUUCUAGUUUUGUUAAAAACGUCAAGGCAGGAAUGAUUUUGUUUCUUUUUCAAUUUGAAGACAGAAAACUUCAUGGGGUUUUUAAAGCGAUAUCAGAUGGUGGCAUGAACAUUGUUCCUCGUGCAUAUGCUUCAUCAGGAAAGCAGUUCCCUGCACAGGUUAAAUUCACCUCAAUCUUGCGCUGUGACCCUCUUUUUGAAAAUGAGUUUUCUGAUGUUAUUCGAGAUAAUUACUAUACCCCCAAGAAAUUCCACUUUGGUUUGUCUAAAGAUCAGGUUCAAAAUCUUAUGUGGCUAUUCAAGUCAAGAAAACGUGAAGUUCCGCGCUCUCUUCAGCAGAAGAAAAGGAAGAACCGAAAGUGGGAUUUUCAGGUUAUUGAAGAUAAGCUAAUGAAAGGGAGGGUUACUAACACUUGGAAAAGGAAGCUCAACAACCCAGGAACAUCAGUAACUGCUGAACAAGAGUCAGCAAAGCUUAUUUUGUCUCCCGAGUCUUGCGGGAAGUGUGAAAGCAUCCAUUUCAAUGAUGAUGCUUAUGAUCCUGAAAAUCCUGGCUUCAAUUAUUCAGUGGGAUCUGGGGCUCACUCUGCUGCUAGCUCUGAAUCACACGAGCUUCCUACAAUGCAAGAGAAGAAAGGAGACUCCGAUAUUCUUGAGGAAGAAUCGGAAAAUUUUAUACCCUUGUGUUCAACAGACAAUUCUGACCUUGAAGAUGGGGAGAUCGAUAAUUGUUCAGAAGAGAAUCAGAUAGAUUUGGAUAUGCUUCUCGGAAACUAUGUUUCUUCUAUCCCUAUACCAAGAUUUCUGCUGAGUAAUAAUGAAGAAUGUAACAAGGUAGACGACUCUUCCUCUGUUGCUGUAAGUGACUUACAGUCCAAAGAUGAAAGUGAGCAUUUGAAUUCCCUUCUCUCAAAGGGUUUGUAUUCUGAUGAGCCCAAAACACAAACCAGUGUGUUUUCUCGCCUGAGUUUUUCUUCAAAGGGUAUUGCUUCGAAGAAUCGGAAUGAUGCCAAUGGAAAGCACUUGUCAAGAGCAAAGCAUCAAUAUCAAUAUGAACAAAGGGAAAAGAUCACACAAAAGAGUGAUGGUACAAAGCAUAAAAAAAGAGAUAGUGUGUUCAUGCGCUUGACCGGUGCUUCAGAUGAUUUUGCUCCACGAAUCCAUUUUAUGGCAGGACUGAAGGAGGGAACUAGUGGAUAGAUCAUAGAUGAAGGGUAAGUAGAAAAGCUAAUUUUCAGAAUGUAAGUAAACAUUAGUAGAAACUGAAGCGUUUUUUGUACUAAUCACAUGGAAUGCUGGCUUCAGUAUAUAAUCAAAUGACAGUUUUUUCUUGAUUUUUUGACCGAAGUGAAAUGCCUUCACUUCUAAGGUAUGGUUGAAAAUGAAUUUAGCUGGGUUAGUUUCUGUUUGGAACCUAUCAAUGAAAUAUGGGUGUACCUUGGUACCUAACAGGUUAAAGUUCAA